AUGAAAAUGACAAAUUAUAUAUUACAUUUUAUACAGAAAUGUAUAUAUUCUAGUAGUUUAAAACAUAAUUCUAUUAAAUAUAUUAGUACAUUAAUGCACUCUAGCAGACAAUAUUCUUCUGCAUUACUUGUUUCAAGUGUUAAAGGCAAAGAAUAUUUUUCAUUUUUAAAACCAUAUAUAGAUUUAGAUGAGAAAUUAAUAGAUGUUGAUAGAGUACAGAAAGAUCUUAUAGCUAGAGGAAUAAAUUUGAAUGUUAAAGAAAUUAAAAGUAUGUGGGAAUUUUAUAAAUCAGUAAAUGCAGAUAAAUGUAAAUUACAAUCAAAAAAUGAAAAAAUAUCAAAUAAAUUAAAUUUAUUAUAUAAAAAGGAAAAUUUAACUGUAGAAGAACAAACAGAAAUUGCAAAGUUAAAAAUACAAAUUAAAGCAUUAAAACAUGAUCUAAAUAAGAUAAAAAAUGCUCUUAAAGAUUUAAAUGAAAGUAUUUUGGAAAAAUUAUUUCAAUUACCAAAUGAAGUAGAUGGAAGGACACCAAUUCAAGGUCCUGUUAUAUUAAAACGUGUUAAUUCUUUGAAAGAACAUCCAAAUUCAGAAAAAAAAAAUCACAUUGAAAUUGGAAGACGUCUUGGUUUAUUGGAAUAUAAAAAUCCUAUGCAAUAUUAUUUAUGCAAUGAUGCAGCUCUUUUUGAACUUGGGGUAUUAAAUUAUGCUGGAAAAAUAUUUAAUGCAAAUAAUAUGAUUAGAGUAGCAGGUGCAGACUUCAGUCGAAGUUUGGUAAUAGAUGGCUCUGGUUUGAAUCACGAAGAUCCUACAGAUGCUUUUGUAAUAAGCAAUCAUAGCGAAGAAAAUGAAGAUUCUCCUAAUCGUAUGCAUCUUGUAGGAGGUGCAAGUUUAAUUUCAUUUUUGGCAAUGCAUGCAAAGCAACUAAUAAAUCCAAAUCAUUUUCCAGUAGCAUAUUUUUCAACUGGUAGACAAUACACUCCUUUUCGAUCAGGAUCUAAUCCAAUUGGUUUGUUUACUGUUUGUCAAGCUUCAGUUGCAAUUGCUUUUAUAUUAGUCAAAGAUGGAAAGAGUGAAGAAUAUAGUACGCAAUUUGAAAAAUUAUUAAAUAUUGCAUGUAAAUUAUAUGAUAAUGUAUGUGAUCAUUAUCAAAUUGUUAUGAGGCCUGCUUCAGAAUUACGACCUUGGGAAGCAAUGCGUGUAUCAUUUGAAUUAUGGUCUCCAUUUUCAAAACAAUAUAUAGAAGUUGGUCAUAUAUCUACAUAUGGUGAAUAUUUCAGCAAAAGAUUGCUAAUUAUAUAUCAGAUACCAGAUGGACAAAGCUUCCCUUCUGUGAUAUCCGGCACAAUUUUGUCAGUACCACGCCUUUUAGGAUGCUUGUUAGAACAAAAUCCAGAUAAAUUCGUUGUUCCACCGAAAAUAUUAGAACAUAUGCCUAUAGAUAAUAUUUAAGUUUAAAAACAAAUUUGAAAAUUAAUUUAAUUAUAACAAUAAGAUGAUUUUUAUAUUGUAUAUACAUAUUUCGAUAUAUGUAUUUUGAGUGUUUUCAUUUCUAGUAUGUUUAUUGAUAAAACGUUGUUUAUAUAUUUUAUUAAAAAAUAAAUAUAUUUAACAUUGUAAAUAGACAAAAAAUGCU